AUAAACUGGCAAACCCAAAAACCGAACGUCAUCGUUUACCAUCCUUCCGACCAGCGACAUUUUCUUGGACUGGUGUUUAAUUAAUUAUUUAGAAAAUUUAAAAAAGGCAAAAUGUUGGGCCGCUUAGCUCCGGGUGUCUGCACCCAGGUGACCAUGGUGGUCAACCAUCAGCAGAACCGUAAUAUGGCCACUUUGAAGGCGAUUUCUAUUCGUCUCAAGUCGGUAAAGAAUAUCCAAAAAAUUACCCAGUCCAUGAAGAUGGUGUCGGCUGCCAAGUACACCCGUGCUGAGCGUGAGCUGAAAGCCGCCCGCCCUUACGGCGAGGGCGCUGUUAUGUUCUACGAGCGUGCUGAGGUUGCCCCACCUGAAGACGAGCCCAAGCAAUUGUACAUUGCUAUGACUUCUGACAGAGGUCUCUGCGGCGCAGUACACACAGGUGUGUCCAAGAUGAUCCGCAGCAAGCUGAACGAGCCUGGUGCUGAGAAUAUCAAAGUGAUCUGUGUAGGGGAUAAGUCGCGCAGCAUCCUGCAGAGACUGUAUGGGAAGCACAUCAUUAGUGUGGCUAAUGAGAUUGGUCGCUUGCCCCCAACAUUCAAUGAUGCAGCGACCAUCGCUAACGCUAUCCUGACCUCGGGCUAUGACUUUGGCUCCGGCAAGAUUAUCUACAACAAGUUCAAGUCUGUGGUGUCCUACGCACAGUCAGACUUGCCACUGUUCAGCCAGAAGGCUGUCGAGACGGCUCCCAAACUCGCCACCUACGAUUCGCUCGACUCUGACGUGAUGCAAUCCUACAUGGAGUUCUCCCUCGCGUCCAUGUUGUUCUACGCGCUGAAGGAAGGCGCUUGUUCCGAACAAUCCUCGCGUAUGACGGCCAUGGACAACGCUUCCAAGAACGCGGGAGAAAUGAUCGAAAAACUCACCCUGACCUUCAACAGAACCCGCCAAGCUGUCAUCACCAGAGAGCUCAUCGAAAUUAUCUCUGGUGCCGCUGCCUUGGACUAAACAAACAGAAAUUAAAAAAAAAAUUGGGCGGGAAACUUAUCUGUCAAUGUCAAAAAAUUUUCUGUCAAUGUCAAAAUUUGAAUUUUUAAUCGGAAUAAAUUAUUAAACUUUUCGUCUGUCGUUGUUUGAUCCCGUAUUUACUGCCGUAGUUAAUGCAAUGCUGACAUUCCCGAACGAAGUCGCCGGAUGCAUGUAAAACACGCAACACGUAACUGGCUUCAACAUCUUAUGUGUGUUUGGUGACGCUCGUUCUAUUCAUUGUCGUACACAAAACUUUGUAAGGAUUAAGUGGUGGUUAGCAAUAAAUAAAUAUUUAGAA